UAUUUAUUACAUAACACCUAUUACAUAAGGUGCAAGCAUUCACUGAUGCACAUUAAGAGUGUUACCUACAUUAAGAGGAGGAUUUGAACUUUUGAACAGGAUGAUCAGUGUAAAUUGUUAUUAUUAUUGUAAUUGUUGUUAUUAUUAUGUAAAUACCUUAUUUAGCUUCUGAAGGGCAGUUCUAAAUGAAAAAAAAAAAGAUAUUUAAACAAAAUUAUAACAAUUUAGCUUUAGUAUUAAGAUUUUAUUAAGGCGGAUGUAAACUUCCGACCACUGAAAUGUUUCUCAUGAUCUUAAAAACCUUUUGAGCUGAAAACCUUUUGAUCAAAUCUAUGCUUUUGAUCAAAUCUAUACUUGAUGUAUGACUAAAUGUUUGAAAUUAGUGUUGUAGACAAAAAUAUAAUUGUGUCAAUAUAUUAAUUUUUUUCAUUAGAAAACUAACAUUUUAUUUACAAAAAAAGAUUUAUUUUUUUUUAAGUGGAUGAGCGAAUUAUUCCGAAAAGCAGCCAAUAAGUGUCCAGCAUAGGUGGGAACUCCUUUAACACUGUUUUAAAAGCAUCUGAGGGGGAUUCCUCAAGAAAUUGGCUGAGAAAAUGCAAUGAAUAUAUUUUUGAAAAUUCUAGACAACAGCUACUUUGAAGAUGCUAAAAUUUAAUUAUUUUGAUUUAUUUGAUUAUUUAUUAAGUUCAAGUAUCAACAUUGUUGUGUCCCGUUAUGUGAGACCUCCUCCAAGUUCAACUCUUCCAUGUUUAAAUGCAGCUUUAUAUUUUUUUACUCUGCAACUUUUUACUCUGUGAUUAAAAUUUAAUGUAAUGAAGUUUUAUUAAAGUAAAAGUACUAUGAUUUAACUAUACUCAAAAAAUUACCAUUAUAGUGAACCACGCAUUCAAGUUUUCAUGGACUGGAGGAGGAGGUGAAUGCAAGUGCAGAUAAUUUAUUGUAUAAAGUACAUUUUUAUUAGAUAGGUAUGAACUGUCAGAAAUGGAGACUUAGCUAGAGUCGCUAGUCGUAUAUAGCGUGAGAAUACUCAACCUCAAGGUUGUCGAUGUAACUCGAAAUAUAUAAUUUGAAGCCCUUCUCCUUCUUACUGUUGAGUGUAACAGAUGACUCCCUCACAAUACUUAAUGUCAUUCACAGUAAUCUGGGGAAGCAUAGUAUAAUAUGUCAUAGGCUGCGUCUGAAAUUGCGUACUGUGACAGUAUGUACUCCAUUCGAUGCAGUAUCUACUGCACGACCGUUGAAACAGUAUGUACUAAUCAGUAUGUGUGUGUAAUAUGAAUACAAUCCCGGACAUACUACAUCCGCCAUGUUAGCAUUGCCAUGUAACCUUCGACGCCAUCAUAAACGCAAAAAUCUUAAAGGGACCACCAGAUUAAAGCAUCCACACUAACAGCAAAAUGCAGGAAAGUUAACUGAAUUAGUAAUUUAAUGUGGGCAGUGGGCAAUUUGUCCAAUGCUUUCGUUUUGUCCAUGUGAGGCAGAAUAUAGACUAAUGUGAGGAUGACUGAACUAAAUGAAAGGGCGCAAUUGUCAGCAGAUCGAGCUCCGGUGAGCAGUGUGUUGAUAAAACACACUGCUGUGUCCUGCUGAAAUGUGAUUCUUGCAUUAAGUUUGUCAAGUUUGUUAUCCAGAGACUGAAUGUUGGUCAACAAGAUACUAGGGAGAGAAGGGUUGAAGUAUAUUUUCCGGGAUCUGCAAAGAAUACCAGAGCAUUUGCCUUUUCCCCUUUUCCUAUGGCAUCUUAGAAUGCAAGCCCGCCACAAUGGGAGGGAGCCGCCAUAGUUGAGAACCAGGUCUGCAAUAAUAAAUAAGUAAGAAUCUAGCUCAGAUCUUCUUUCUGGGAAAACUGCACAAAUAGUAUAUCAGUAUACAAUGAAAGGUAUAUUGCGACCAACAGACUCUCAGACAGACUCUAGGCAACAGACUGUAGGACUGCAUCCUUUUAAGAGUACAGGAAAAUAUCCCUGUGGUCACUGAUACAUUUGUCCAGGACCCUGAAGGAACAGAGCAAGAUUUUUUUUUUAUGUGAUUCUUGCUAAAAUGUGGCUUCUGGAGCUAAGGGGGAUAACAGCUGCUGGGGAAUGAAAAAGGCUCUGCUAGAUGACGUGGGGAGAACAGUUAUGAGGUUGUGACGUGGCGAUAUGUCAUCUGGGACACUCCAUAGUGGUAUGAGGGGAGAGUUAAAGGAGGUGAAAGUGAAUGAAUUAGGUUUUUUGUAGAGUUAAAACUCUGUUGUCUGGUCUAUUAAUGAAGUCCUUAACUUCGAAGGCCACUGAUGGCAUGGGGUCUGGUGUAUCUGGGGGUCCGUGUGGGGUCUUUAGUUGAAGUAUUUGGUGUCAGAGCAGUAUGUUUCUGCUUAGCCUUAGUUGGCUGGUGGAGGAGGAAAAGUCAGGACAGAAGAUAGGAGAAGGAAGGUAAAAAAUCUUCAUGGGAAAACUGGGUGGAGGGGUGAUGUUAUGGUUGAACAAGUUUUCCGUAAUCCUAGAUACUGGCCGAUCAUGAAUAGAGGCGUGAUGAUGGGACAGAGGUCUUGUACGGGAGAGAGGACAGAGGGUCUGCUUCAGCUGUUAGAGUGUUUGGAGUCUCCGUCUUGAGUUUUGGAUCGGAGCCAGGUUCAUCAAGGCAUAGAACCUCAUCAAUUUCAAGGUGAGACAUGCUAUUGGGGGUAGGAAGGGAAGCUAGUAGCAGGGAAAGUGACAGGAUGUGAAAUCUCGUAGCAUGCACAGAGGCCAUAGCCAGCAAGUUAGUCAGGAUAAUAAAAGGUUACAUAGAUAGAGAAGCAUGGCUGAUAGGCUGCUGCACUGGCAUUGAGGGAACCAAUUAGCCUGCAGGCAAAAGCUUGUGGACUAUAUGUAAACAUCAGUUAUGUGUAAUAGCUUAUUCAGAGCAGUACUAAAUAAAAAACAAAAUGCAAUUUUUAUGAUCCCUCUUAUAUCCAUCCAUCCAUCUUCAACCGCUUACUCCUUUUCAGGGUCGCGGGGGAGCCUGGAGCCUCCCUCUUAUAUAUAUUUCUAAAUUAUUAACAUUUUGCGGAUUCUGCAAGGCGUAUGUAAACUUAUGAUUGCAUGUGGGCAAUUUCAAUACAACUACCUCAGCUUUAUAUUGUAUUUAUGUUGUAUUUAUAUUGUGAAAUAUAAUGCACUGCAUUAUAUUGCGCAAAACAACUGCACACAUCUGCACCCAUUUUAAUAUCCUUACAUUAUAUUUUUUAUACAUUUUAAAAUACUUUUCCUUUUACUAACUGUAUACAAGUAAAUUCUGGUCUACGUAAAUUCUAUUUCAUGCCACAGACAGUCAUUUCACUACACUACUAGUGUGGCAUACUGUGUAUGGUGGUAUGUGUCCCAAAUAAAAUUUUUAUUUUAAUUUGAAUAUACACACCCACUGAUCAGCCAUAACAUUAAAGCAACCUGCCUAAUAUUGUGUAGGUCACCCUUGUGCCACCAAAACAGCUCUGACCAAUCAAGGCAUGGACUCUGCAAGGCCUGUGAAGGUUUGCUGUGGUAUCUGGCACCAAGAUGUUAGUAGCAGAUCCAAGUUAGUUAGCAAGUCCUGUAAGUUGUGAGGUGGGGCCUCCACUGAUCAGACUUGUUUGUCCAGCACAUCCCACAGAUACUUGAUUGGAUUAAAAUCUGGGGAAUUUCAAGUCAACCAGUCAACAACUUGAUCUCUUUAUCAUGUUCCUCAAACCAUUCCUGAAGAAUGUUUGCAGUGUAGCAUGGUGCAUUAUCCUGCUGAAAGAGGCCACUGUCACAGGAAUACUGUUGCCAUGUACUUGGUCUGCCACAAUGUUUAGGUGGCAUGUGUCAAAUUAACAUCCACAUGAAUGCCAGGACCCAAGGUUUCCCUUGGAGGGAACAGUGCCCAGAGAAUCACACUUCCUGCACCAGCUUGCCUUCUUCCCAUAGUGAAUCCUGGCAUCAUCUCUUCCCCAGUGAAGUAACGGCACUAAAGCAAUAUAGCAAGAUGAACACUCUGUUUCUCCUCACCUUCCUCUCCGUGUGCCAUGCAGAGAACUUUGACCAGGCUUACGAUUUGUCACCUUACAGGAUCACUUACAUCUCAGAAAAUGGCCCUGGAUUGUCUGUUAUGACAGAACAAGCCAAAGUAGUGUCUUACCGGGGGGGUAAUGUAACACUGCCAUGCACGUUUCAAAGGAACCCCGCAUUUGUCCCCAAUCCUAAAAUGAGGAUAAAGUGGACUAAGUUAACAUCAGAUUAUCUGAAAGAGAUUGAUGUUUUUGUAGCUAUGGGUUUCCAUAAGAAGAGCUAUGGUAGUUUCCAUGGCCGUGUGCAUCUACGUGGUGCCACUGAGAAUGAUGCGUCACUGGUCAUUAGUGAGAUAACAUUGGAGGACUAUGGGAGAUACAAAUGUGAGGUGAUUGACAGUCUGGAGGAUGGCACUGCAGUGGUGUCCCUCAAUCUGCAAGGUGUAGUUUUUCCGUAUUUCCCACCUCAUGGCCGCUACAACCUGAACUUCCAAGAUGCUGAGAAAGCCUGUCAAGACCAGGAUGCCAUCAUGGCCUCCUUUGAGCAGCUGUAUGAUGCUUGGAGGGAAGGGCUAGACUGGUGCAAUGCUGGUUGGCUUAGUGAUGGAUCAGUGCAGUACCCAAUCACCAAACCUCGAGAGCCAUGUGGAGGGAAGAACACAGUCCCUGGCAUAAGGAAUUAUGGAAUGCAAGACAAGGAAAAGAACAGAUAUGAUGUCUUCUGUUUCACAUCAAAGUACAAAGGGCGUUUCUACUACCUUACACCAUCUUUGAAGAUGACAUAUGAUGAAGCAGUGCUGGCAUGUCAAAAGGUUGGUGCUCAGAUUGCCAAGGUGGGCCAAAUGUAUGCAGCAUGGAAGCUGCUGGGCUAUGAUCGUUGUGAUGUUGGCUGGCUGGCUGAUGGAAGUGUGCGCUACCCCAUCUCACGUCCACGUCGCCGCUGUAGCCCCACAGAGGCUGCUGUGCGCUUCUCCGGUUUCCCAGACAAGAAACACAAACUCUAUGGGGUCUACUGCUUCAAAGGGUACAACUGAGACAUGCUUAGAGUAAUACAAAAAGAAAGUGUAGAGGAUGAGUCAGCAUGAGUAAAACUGUGACAUUUAUCAAAUACUGUAUUAAGAAGGUAAUUAUUUAGUGUUUUGGAAGGUUUUGAAGACAAGUUAGCAAAAAAAACAAAAAAAAACAAACUUUCUUCUCAGUAGCAUGUUUGUUCCAUAAAACAGCAAUACCAUAAAAUUAUUCUCAACAAUCAUGCAAAAAAUAUUUUUGGGAGUUUAAAUGGUUAUUUACUCAUACAUUGUAAACUUCAGUAUCACAUGAGGAAGUGAGAGUGGAUAACAAAUUAUGCUGAUAUAGCAUCUCAGUAGUAAUGUGGCAGUUAAGCCUCAAAGUACCUGACUAAUACAUUUGAGCACACUGUUAUUCAGUGGUAUUGUACUCUAAGAUAAUUGAAAUGGUGGAUAAAAUAAACUUUUUUAUAUAAAGAAUAAGAUCAAACAAGUAAUCAGUCUAGUAUUUAGCCAUCAUUUAAGCUCUCUCUCUCUCUCUCUCUCUCUCUCUCUCUCUCUCUCUUGUAAAGUUUUUUCAUCAUCCUCACAGGGUGCUAAAAGCUUUUAUGUUCUUUGGCUAUAUGUUUUUUUUUAUUUUAUUUCAAAAAGACAUUUAAUGUGUGGACCAACUUUUAAGUCUUUAUACUAAACAUUAAGUCUUCAUACUGUCAUAGUGAAGACCCAAACACUCACAGUGUUCUAGAAUUGUUUAUGUAGAAAUAUUAUAAUAAUCUAUAAUGGUAUCGCUGCUGUACAUCUUUUUGAAAUGCCAUCUUUAUACAAUUGACCCCUACAUCUGUACUGUUGUUAUCAAAUGUUUUAGGAUUGUGACCCAACUAUUCAAAGAGGAGGAUACAAAAAACUUCACUGAUCUCAUAAUUAUUUAUGGCUCAUUCCAUGUGAGCAGGCAGAGGCAUAAUUUUCCCUCAAGAUAUUAAACAGCCUAUGUCAUUCAAACAUGGAAUUUUAUUUAUUUUAGUAUGUUUUUUUUUUAUAUUCUCUAUUUGUAUUUGACAAAGUUUUCAAGACAAAGGACAAAACACCAAACUUACAUUAUCUGUGUAAUCAAAAUAAAAAUUGACAAAUACA